CCUAAAAAAACAAUGACUUCCAAGAGAGGUUCCCAUUGUGAUAUCUACAUAUGGUUUCUUCAGGUUCUAACAAUUCUAGUAUUGGCUUCUUUAGCCAUAUGGGCCACUCUAACCCCUAAAACUCCUACUUUCACCAUCACCAAUAUGGAUUUGAAGCCAUAUAUUCGAAACGACACCGUUCUUGGAACAAACUCUUCUUUCUUAGCCUUUAAUGUGACCAUCUCAAAUCCCAACAAAAUGACUGGUGUUUUCUUGGACGAGAUUAACGUAACAAUAGGCUGCAACAACGAGAGCGUAACUGGGUCGAGGUCAUGGUCGAAGUCGGUGGCAGGAUUUUAUUUGGGGCACAGCGUAAGUGAUUUAAAGGAGGUUGACUUGAGUGUUGAAGAUAAUGAAUUGUUAUUGUGUAGGAAAGUGGAUUAUUAUUUGAAGUGUGAGUUGGAGACGGGUGUUAGAUAUAAGGUUAUGUGGUUCAAAACCAGGCAUCGCAGGUUAGUUUUUGAAGAUUAUGUUGAAAUUGGUUAUGGUCAUGGGCAAAUGCUAGGAACAACACAAAUGAAGUUAAAGCUAAGUUUUACCAACUUGUAGCUAAUUAACCCUUGGUUUUGCUAAGUUCUUUGGGUUUUAGAUCCAAUUUCUUGUGUUUUCUUUUCUCUUGUUUGAGAUUUAUAGAGUUCGAAAAAUACUUAGAUGUACUUAGGAGUUGUAUUAUAUAGCUCACUCAAUUAUCUCACUUAUUGUACGUAUAUGGUUGAAGUGAGUUGCAUAAAAAUGAAUAUAGUCUAAGAUACAAACUUAAAAAUAAUCUAAAUCGUGGGUUGUCAAUUGAUUUUUUCUGAUUGAAUUAGAGCCAUUAUUUAGGCUUCCUUGGAUCAUUUAUACAUCACAUCUUAUCAAAUUAAAGUUUUCCAUCCCUUCAAUGUGGGAUUCUAACAAAAUUUCCUCACCAUCUUUUUACA